CUUUGUUGACCAAAGCAGCCCAUCGUUCGAGCUUUUCACAUCGUCGCCGGCCGUCGAGCGUUUUAAUCGUUACUACCUUAUUAAUUAUUUCGCCAACUACGCUAUUUUAAUUGUUGCCUUCUCAUUUCUAUUGUUUCGUUUCCUGCGGGGAACAUUGUGGCCGCUAUCUGGAAUAGUGCCUAUAGUCUGUUUUCACAAUGGCUGAGCCAACACACUAUAUACCCAACCAACAACAACCCCAAGAGUCUUCGCUGGAUCGAAGAUCGAGGAGGUUUCUUAAUCCUUUAAUUGAAGAGAAAACUGGAGAUGGCUAUGGAGAAAGCAGUGCAAAGGGAAAGCGAGCUGAUACUUCGCAUCUCAACAUCACAGCAUGGCUAUCGCCAAUGAGCGACCACUUCCCUACGCCAAGGGGAGUGCAUUAUCUUGCUGCACCGAUUCUUCCAUCGUCGCCGUCGUCAAUGUCAGCCGAUGAGAACUCGCCAACGUCAAUCUCGAAUUCAAACUCGUGGAAUCGAGCUAGCUCGAUUACUGAUAGCACCGAUAGCACCGAGUUCGACGAGCUGUAUGAUCUCUAUGGCGUAUCAGACGACGAAGCACAACAGGGACUGCGUCGUUCGUCGGCUGUACGAAAAUCUCGAACGACAUCUAUGCUGUUUGAGCCCGUUAUUCGAGGGCCCACUCCUCUUGCCAUCCCGCCUGCUAGAGAUGAGAAUGAUGAGAUCUGGUCUGCCGUGGAUGAGCUCAAGAAAAUCACGUCUCCGCUUCCGUUGACUCCAUCUGCAAAUCUCCCAAUGUCGCCGGCACAGAAAGACUUCUUUGGCAAGCAGCAGGCUUUGGUAGUACCCACCAUCUCUGCACCGCCGUCUCUCGAUGGAAGCUUGUCUUCAGAGCAGCUCGCUACAAUGAGCUCUCCUCCAACUCCUGUGAUUGGCAACGAUGAAGCUACCACGGAAUCAGCCUGGACAGGUGUGCAUUUGCAGCCCGGAGCACUGGCAACUUUGCAUGCUUUGUCUGGCGGGGAUGAAGAUGGCAGCCUUGAAGAAGAGGAUACUGAAGCUGUCCAGGCCGAUCAAACACAGCCUCUUCCGCGUCCAGAGAUGCAGCAGAAUUCUCUCCGACUUGUUACCGAUUUCCUGUCUCAGGCGGCAUCGCGGGCAAACACUCGUUCGCCUAUCCUUGGUCGGCAAUCUCUUGCAGGCCUAACCAGGCUCAGCAUCCCGUCUCCGGGUGGCUUCUUUUCUGGCCUGUCACCUCAGAGCAGGAAUACCUGGCAUCCAAGAACCCUUACGCCAAUCGAGAUAAUCCCAACCACCACAACAGCAGAGCAGUUUUACCGCUGCCCCUGGAAUGCCGAUAGCUCUCCUGUUCCUCCGGUACCUCAGCGAGACGAAGCAGAGGAUUUCUAUCGAAGCGUGAGCCUUACAUCGUCUGCACCGGUUGAGCAUAUUGUGGAAGUUCGAGCCAGCCAGAUUAUCGACGAGGAUGAUAUGCCCACUGCUAGGCCCAUCAUCCACGUACCGACAAAUGAUGAGCCGAGCGAGGCCAUGAAGUCCCCUUCCUCUCCUGAUGUCGAAGCUAUUCCAACUGAAAUCGUCGAAGAUUAUGAUCCUAGCUAUGCCCGAAAGCAACAGUUAGAGGCGCUGUCAAACCUUGACCGUACUGAGCUGUGGCUCAUGGCGCAGCGAGUAUAUCUCAAAGGUGUAGACACUGUCGAAGACAACGGUGCUUUGGAGACGAUUGAGGAGGACUUGGACGAGGAAGAUGAGGACAUGGCCAAGUUGCAACUCAAGCCCUUAUCUGAGUCAGUGCAGAAGCCAGGCCAGAAGGACGCAGCGACAAAGAAGGUUGUUCGAUUUUCUAACAUCAUUACGACAACGGUAAUAGCAAAGAGCCUUCCGUCAAAGCUACUUCGCCAGGAAUCCGCGUACUAUAGAGCGUUCCAGGACUACGUGGUCCGAACCCAGCUUAGCGAUAUCUUUAUUUUCCAACUCUCCCGAUUUGAAGCCCUCCAGGCACAGAGGGUAGCACUCCGCUCUGCUCAUCAUAGCCAACUGCUGGGCAAGUAUCAGCUUAGUGUUCUCCCCCAGUCUGCUAAGAAGCGCCUGAGUGCAAACGUCGUGCGUGGCGAUGAUGUCCUGCUCGAUGAUCCGGAAACGCUACGAAAGGAGAAAGAGGCCGAAGCCAUGAAGCAGAUGGCCAUGGCCACUUGGCAUGUAGCAGCCAUGAAGUUCCUCAACGGCGGAAAACUCAUUUCUGCCCCUGUUGCCAAGCGGCUAGCCCGGCUCUCACGAUUGGGAUCAGGCAAAGAUGGCGUUGGCCGUGACAGAGCCAGGAUCUUGGAUCUUGGCGGUCAAGCUACUUGCGAUUGGGCAUGGCACUGUGCUCUGACCUACCCAAACGCCAAGAUUUACACAGUCACUACCAAGGCAGUUCGCCAGAUGUCCAACUCUAACAUCCGAGGCCCACCAAACCAUCGCCAAGUUGCCGUGGAGCGGCUCACAAAGCUUCCCUUUGCAGACAACCAGUUUGAUCUAAUCUCUGCUCGUGAGCUCCACGGCCUGCUCAAGUUUAUUGGUGAAAACGGCGAGGAUGAGUGGGAGAGCUGUCUUCAGGAAUGUAUGCGAGUUCUCAAGCCUGGCGGCUACCUUGAGUUUUCCCUGCUCGACUCAGAUAUCAUGAACGCAGGUCCAUUGGGCCUUGCUAAGAGUGUUGAAUUUGGCUUCACCCUAAAGACGCUUGGCUACGACCCCAACCCAACAAAGCUGUGGCUGGGCCGACUUGCUCGUGCUGGUUUUCGCGAUGCUCGCCGUGCCUGGCUCUGUCUUCCCGUUGGAGCCAAGCCAGUCGUCAAGCCUCCUCCUCCUCCUCCCAAGGACAACCUCCCAGUGUCAGACGCUAAAGUCUGCCAGAUGGACGCCAUGGUUAUGGGAAGCACAGAUGACAUUGCCAACGUUUGCGGCAUUGCCGGUGGUUGGAGCUGGGAGAGGUGGCUUCUCCGAUGCGAGAUGGAGAAGGUCGCCGGCGAAUUGAGACUUGUAGACACCGUCACCGCUAGCCCGGCUAUCAAGGAGGCAAGCAAGUGUCUGGAAGGUAUGCAUGCUGUGAUGGAGGAGGGCCGCAACUGCAGAGCGGGCUUCCGGAUGCUUAACGGGUAUACCAGGAAGCCUCUGGCGACGGUUGUGUGAUGCCUCUUGCGUUGGCGAUAUCGGACCAGGACGUUCAUUCUUCCGUUUUUUCUUUUCUUUUGUAAGGGUUUAGUUGGAUUUGUCUCUUUUUCAUACACGACUUUGAGAGAAAGUUAUCGAAAUACUGGUAGUAGUGGCAGUUUCUCGUCCCUGGAUGGACAAUAUGCUCCUGUGCACAGGGGAGCAGACAAGAGGUGGAGGUGGAAGAGAGAGGAUUCUUGAACAAACGUUUAGCAAUUAUCAUAUACCCACAAAUUUGAAUACAAAAGGAAAUGAAUACCCAAUUAAUGAUAUCA